AUGUCUGUCCUUGUACCAUCACUAACAAAUAACAAUCAUCAUCAUAAUUCUUCUUAUUUUUCUAAUAAUACAAAUCGUCGUAUUAAUGGAAAUAUAUCUCAAAUACAACAGAAUCGUUUAACAACAAAUACAUUAAAUGAACAUGAUCAAGAUAGUGAUCAUGUACCAUUUGGUGUUGUUAAUUCAAUGAAACAACGUUUACUUAAUAAAGUAAAUGAAUCUUAUGUAUUAAAUAAUAAUUCAACAAUAGUACGUCAUUCAUUAUUAAAACAAUCAACACGUAUAGCAUCAAAUGAAAAUUUACUUCAAACAAAAACAUCUGUAUCACCAUUAAAACGGACAACACGUUUAUCGCGUAGUCAAGAUAAUUUAACAAAUAAUAAUCAUAAUUCAAUAAAUCAAAUAUCUGGUCCAAUAAUAACAACAGAACAAUUUACUUCAUAUAUACAACCAAAACAAGAUGUAAUUAUUGUAGAUACAACAACGAAUAGUAAUCAUUAUGAUGAUAAUAAUGAUGAUGGAAAAUUACGUGCAGGACAGAAAGCAUUACCACAUCGGCAAUCAUAUACUGAAUUACAUGUUGAUGAAGCACCAAAACCUGGUACUGUUACAACUGUUAAAAAUAUGUUUGAACGACAAAUACGUUUAAGUCGUUAUGAUGCCGAUAAACUUAUUAAUACAUCAAUACCAAGUAGUAGUUCUCGUAUGAAUAGUCAACAUCGUGAUAUUUCAAGUCCAACACGUUCACGUAGUGUAUCACCGAAUGAUAUGGCUAUACGACAGCGACGAACAACUAUAGCUGGACCUAUAUUACCAUUAUCAUCAACAACAUUAUCAUUACCAGUUCCAACAUCUUAUCCUGAUCUUGUUAUAUCUCAUACACCACCAACAGAAACAAAUAAAAAUUCUACAGAACAAAUUCAUAACGAAAAUCAUACAGUUAAUAGCCAAGGAGUAACUAAAGAAAAAAAAUUAUCAAAUACAAAUCGUAAUUUAGUACCACAUGAACAUAUUCCACUAAGUGUUAUUAUUGAUGAAUGUUCAUCUAAUCUAUCAACUAAUCAUCGUCCAAAUCUUUUACUUCCAUCGAAGUUAUUAUCUGAAACUGUUGAUUGUCAACCAUUAGAUUUUAAAAGCCGUUUAGCUUUAUUCAAUCGUACAAAUACUCAACGAAUAAAUGAAAAUUCAAUAAAUAUUAAAAAAUCUGUUAAUCAAACAAAUUCAUUAUCAUCACAUCUAUUAACAAAACCAAUCGUUCUUCACCCAACACAUUUAGUAAAUGAAGAAAAAAAAGAUACACAAAUAGAUAUAAUUCCUAAUCCAUUAUCAAUAUCAAUAUCUCGAUCAGUUGUUAAUACAGCUAAAGCUGUUACAUUUUUUGGUGGUAAUAAAUUAAAUGGAAAUACAAAAUCAUCAUUACCAGAUACAAUACUUCCACCUCCACCACCAUCAUCAUCAUCAUCAUCAUCUUCAUCAUCAUCGUUAUCAUUAUGUGAAAUAAAUAUCAAAACUGAACCAUCAACAUCGAUUGAUUUACAUCGCGCACCUGAUGUCAUUGGUGGAAAUGUUAAAUUAAAUAAAUCAUCAAUUUUUUCAGGAACAAAAAAGAAUAUUCGAGUACAAUUUAUUGAUAAUGUUGAUACAUAUGAAUAUCCUUCAUUUGAAGUUGUUAUGGAAGAACAUGGUAGUAAUGGUUCAGAUGAUGAUAAUGAUAUGGAAGUUGGUGAUAAUCUCACAAAUGUCACUAGUAAUGGUGAUCAUGAUAAUCAUAAUCCGAUGAAAAAUAAUAUUAAUGGUAAAAAUAAUGAUAAAGAAGACGAAUUAAUCGAUAAUAAUAAUCAAAUUGAUGAUGUUGAUGAUGAUGAACUUGAACGUUUAGCACGGAUUAAUGCUGAGUUUAAUACGAAUAAUCUUACAGAGAAACCAUUAAAACCAAAAGGUACUUUACAUACAUUUCGUCCGACUCAUCUUGAUCAAUAUGAAUUAGGUACUCAACAUGGUUCUUUAACAAUAUCCAAAUCGUCAGAUACUUCUUCUACAACAAAUUCCUAUUCUAUAUUAGCACGACAGAAACUUUUAUCGUCUUCAGAUAUAUCAUCAAAAAAUUCAACAAAUCAUUCUAUUUUAAAACAGCAAAAACCGAAUUUUGAUAUGACAAAUAAUAUACAAUGGAGUUCAAUGUCCACAACGACUGAUCUGCUUUUUUGA